CUUCCUACAUGUAUAUUAAAAUUAUUAUUAAUAAUAAUAAUAACAAUAAUAUUAUAGCGGCUGAUAUUUUUUUUAAAGAGAGCUAGGAGGUUAGCGGUGAGGCCUUCUCAUUUAUGCGCAUUUGCAAGCGACUGAGAGCCGCAGUCCGGACGCUGUUGUCGGCUUCGUGUUGUUGUUUUUAGCGAGGAAAAGAGAUGGUGCCCUGAGGGAGUGCAGCGAGGCAAUUCUCAGACUGGCAUCUGUGCCAAUAUGAUGGAGACGGUCCAGCCUGAUUGGUGAGAAGUGAAACUGAGACAAAGUCACGCCAACGCAGGCCACACAGCUGGAGUCGAGAAUCAAAGGUGAAAUAUCCCUGAUUGAACACGCAGGCCUUUUCUGAUACCCGUUAGCUCUUUAGUAAUCAGAACUGGAACCAUGCCUGAUCGGGACAACUACCUGAACAGCAGCAGCAGCGGCAGUGAUGAGGCCGGCGCGGCGGCGGGAGAUGAUAUCUGCCGGGACUUCUUGCGCAACGUGUGCAAGCGUGGCAAGCGCUGCCGCUUCCGGCACCCCGAUUUCAACGAGGUCCCCGACCUGGGGGUGCAGAAGAACGAGUUCAUCUUCUGCCACGACCACCAGAACAAGGAGUGCGUGCGCGCCAACUGCCGCUUCGUGCACGGCUCCAAAGAGGACGAGGACUACUACAAGAAGACCGGGGAGCUGCCACCGCGGCUACGGGGCAAGGUAGCGGCCGGGCUGGGCCUGUCGCCCACCGACUUACCCCACAGCCGCGGGGAGGUGCCGAUUUGCCGGGACUUCCUGAAGGGAGAGUGCCAAAGAGGCAACAAGUGCAAAUUCAGGCACUUGCAGAAGGAUUUUGAGUUCGAGGUGUUGCGUGGAGGGGGGGCGGGGUUAGGGUUGGUGGGAGGGGUGGUGGGAGGGCGCGGCCCCGGGUACGACCCCAUGAUGGAAGGGAUUUUCGACCCCGGGUUUGAGGAUUUCGACCCGGCCCUGCAGCUGAAGAGGCGCCGGAUGGACAGCAUGCGCUUCGCGGAGAGUUUUGAGUUCGGGAUCCAGCCCUCGCCCCGGCCCGUGGAUUACAGGCUGCUGGAGGAGGAGAACGUCCUGCUCAGGAAGAGGGUGGAGGAGCUCAAGAGACAGGUCCACAACCUGAUCGCUACCAACGAGGUCCUGCUGGAACAGAAUGCCCAGUUCCGCCUCCAGGGCAAGGUCCUGACUCUGACCUCCACCCCCGCUCCCUCUGAGCAGAGCCUGCCCUCUGUGGGCACGGUGACCUCCUACAACCAUGGCAUCGCCCAGACGCACACCACGCUGAGCAGCCAGGCCAUGCAGCCCCGCCCAGUGAUCCAGCAGGACUUGGGGACCCCUGCCCCUGUCGCUGCCAACGCAGCUCCCUCCAGCGCCCCCCUGCCACACAUCAACUCUGAAAUCACGCCCCUCUCCGCAGCGCUGGCACAGACCAUCGCUCAGAGCAUGGUGCCCCCUGUCUCCAUGGCACCUGUCGCCGUUUCCGUGGCCCCCGUGGCAGUUUCCAUGGCACAGUCUCUCACCGGGAUCACCAUCAGCCACGCCACCACGCCCAUGGUCUCCUACCCCAUCGCCUCGCAGAGCAUGCGCAUCACCACCAUGCCCCAUUGACCCCGGCCACCGGGGGGCGCUGCUGCUGUGGCUGUGAGGCUGACCCAGGGCGCUACCCUCCUACUGCAGUGUGACCCCCGGGGUGAAAACUGAGAGACGGGAGGGAGGGAAGCAGUGUGGCUCAAGUGGUUAGAGCUGAGGGACUGGGAGGGAGGGAAGCAGUGUGG